AUGGCCAAGAAAAUCUUGAUGUCAGUAAAUAUGAGGUGCCAAAAAUGUCGAUCAGCAGCUCUCAAGAUCGGAGCCAAAACCACUGGAGUGACUUUUGUGGGAUUAGAAGGAGAAGAGAAAGACAAAGUGGUGGUGAUCGGAAAAGGAGUCGACGCCGCCGGUUUGGUUCUCCGGCUACGCAAGAAAGUCGGUUUUGCAGAUAUCGUUAGCGUCACUGAUGUUGACACUUCAUAG